CUUUUUUAUUAUUUUUCAGGGUUUGGGUAUCUCCUAAUUGAGGAGAGUCAAAAUACUGGAUUGCAAGUGAAUCCUCAGUCAGCCUGUUGGAUGUCUCUGAGUACAUAAGAAGUCAUGGCAGAAAGUGAUGCAAUGCCAACCUUACCAAAAAAGUGUGGCCCGUACAUUUCAUCUGUAACCAGUCGUGGCAUGAAUUUGGUAAUUCGUGGUAUAGUGCUGUUUUUUAUUGGCGUAUUUCUUGCAUUAGUAUUAAACUUGCUUCAGAUCCAGAGAAACGUUACUCUCUUCCCCCCUGAUGUGAUCACAAGCAUCUUCUCCUCAGCUUGGUGGGUGCCACCUUGCUGUGGCACAGCGUCAGCUGUGAUUGGGUUAUUGUACCCAUGCAUGGACAGACAUCUGGGAGAGCCACAUAAAUUUAAGAGAGAAUGGUCCAGUGUAAUGCGAUGUGUAGCAGUCUUUGUGGGAAUAAAUCAUGCCAGCGCUAAAGUGAAUUUUGCCAACAAUAUCCAGUUGUCCCUCACAUUAGCAGCCCUGUCAAUUGGACUCUGGUGGACGUUUGAUAGGUCACGAAGUGGCUUUGGUCUUGGAAUAGGAAUUGCUUUUCUGGCCACGUUGGUGUCACAACUUCUGGUCUACAAUGGAGUUUAUCAAUACACAUCUCCAGAUUUCCUUUAUGUUCGUUCCUGGUUGCCAUGUAUAUUUUUUGCUGGUGGAAUAACUAUGGGCAAUAUUGGCAGGCAGCUGGCAAUGUAUGAAUGCAAAGUCAUUGCAGAGAAGUCUCACGAGGACUGAGGAGAAACAAUAUGCACCUUUUAAACAGGAAAAAUAUCUGACAAAUGACUGUUGGAGGAGCAUAAGGAACACUUGACUAUGAAAUUGCCAAAAUGCAAUUUUGUUUUCCUUAAGUGGUAUACUUUACUGCAAUCUGUGAUUGCUGCUUCUGUAGAAACCUUGAUGUCUGAUUUUGAUUACUGUGAAGUUACAAUAGUAUGCAAUACAUUUGACAAUAUUGGUUCAAUUAUAGGAUUUUUUUUUUCCACAUCUAAACUCAGUUUACCAUGAAUUCUUGUCUGUCCAUAAUGUUGCAGUGCCAAACUGAACCUUUGCACUAUGUUUCUGUAGCUGAAACUUCUGCUUCACUUUAUCUUGAAAGUUUUGAGGAAUUUGUUCUUGAUAGCUCAGUGAAAGAUGGGGGAAUUCAGAUUUAGGAAUUAAGAUCUUAUCUUUCCAUGAUGAUAGCCUGUAGUAUCUGUCUGAAAUUCAUGGAUUACAGGUGAGCUUUGAUACAGUAACUGAUGGAUUUCUGCCUCUAACACAUUAUCUUCUUGUAUCACAGGUGAGGAGACUUAAUACGGAUUUUGUGGGUUAUUGCCAUAGCAUUGCAUUUGUCUAUGGUAUGUGCCCAUAUUACAGAAUACAGAAAUGGAAACCGAGGCUGGAAGAUAUUUGCUGUUUUUUCCCCUGGUACAACCAGUUUACAUGUUUGUAUAUGAACUUAUGUGGACCAUCGUCAGAUGUGGACAGAUUCGGAAACUACUUGUGUUGAGUAACAGGACACAAUUCAGGUCAUUCUUCUACAAUCCCUUAAGCUGACUUGUGUUGAUCCCUUAUAAAAAAAAAAAUCUUAGAGCGGUUUUAUUCUGAAACUUAAUUCUGCUGAACUAAAUCAGCCACUAUCAUAAAGCGUCAUAAAACCCUCUGUUACUAAUGUUACUUUUGAUAUUUCUUGUCUACUACCGGCUCUGUUUGCAGCAUCGGUAGAAGGAGGCAAGGAUGUAUUUUAGGUACUGAUGUAGCCCUUAUUACUGUGACUAUGGUCCAGGCAACCAUAAACGCAUUUGUUCUCAUAACAGUUUUCAGAGGCAGAGAAAUAUUGUUACCGUUGUUUUACAGGUGCCUGUGCACAGAAAUUCUGAUAGGACAGAGAGCUGAAAUGGACUGUGUGCUAAUUGGUUCCCUUCUUAAGAAGAAGGAUUUUAGUGUGUGACCCAUAUUUGGGGGCAUACGUGGAAUUUCCUCCUGGCUUUGCAGCUCCCUUUUAAGACCCUUUUAAGAUAAAAGAACUUGUACAAGAAGGCAGAAAGCAGACUUCAAGAGGACACUGCGAACCUGUGCCAGCAGUGAAUUUGGCAUGGGAUGGCUCUGCUUUUUUUUACCCCUUGUCUCUGUGUUGAUGUUUUAAUGUAUUCUUUUUCCUUUUUUGUCUUGAAGUACUAUUUUUUAAAUCUUCCAUGAAAGGUUUAUAAGACAUGUUACAGUCACCUCGGGAGGGCUGGAGCUGGUCCAAAGAACAAAUAGAUGUUUAGACAAGUUUUUAUUAAUAAAUGUGUGUAUGCAAUGUACACGAAGCUUGAAAUAGGCGACUCUCAGUCUUAUAUGCUUAUCUCUAAGUCUGAAAAUUAUGCAGUGGAGUGCUUCCAAAAGCGUUGUAACAAAAGAGGUCACAAAAGGAAAAUUUCUUGAAUGAGGAAGUGUAAAAAUAAUAAGCAGAUGAAGUAUGAAGAGCUUGGUUCUUCAGCCCCACAGAGUUUCAUCAGCUUAUCGCAUUUCCAUGACAAUUCAACACCUGAAGCACACUUUGAUUGGGUAAUGUUUCAGGAAAGCACUGCACUUUGCUUUAAGCAGAGGUACAACAUGUUUAAGUAAAUCCUGGACUAGACAUCUUCUUUUAAUCAAACCAUAUGGCAAUAAGAAGCAUUAUAUUAGUAAACCCAAGAAACUGUUAGGGCAUGAACUAAGGGUGAGUUUCUUUAGGCAGGCUCUGGCAUUUCACUGAAGAAGCUGUUGGAUCCCUUUCUAUACAGUAUUUUGCCUCAUCCACCUUCUUAAGCAAAUGGCUUCAGCUUGGUGGGCAGCGUGAUGAGUCCCUCUUGAAUUAUCAGGGCAUGAAUGGCAUAAAAAUUCAUAUGUUUCUUAUCCAGACUGUAGGGAUCAACAGGAUACCUCUGUAGCCAGUGUGCUGACUUGGUAAACAAUUUCACUUCAUCAUGACCACUAAGUGUAUACAACUGGAGAUGAGUAGUUCUUACUAUUCACUUGGUGAUAGAACUGCUUUUACCUGCCAAUCUAAAUAUUUACACAGAAGAAGCCUCAUAUAUGUUAAAAUGUGCAUUAUGUGAGAAGUGGUUGUUGUGCAGCUGUGGCACCCACUUUACAACACUUUGCACUCAGAUUCAUCGAAACCUGAUCAGACUCUGUGGUCCACUAACUUUAAAUUUCAUUUUGGAAAUUUUGAGCAUGUUGUGCAAAGACAGCAAUUGUCCAAAAUAAAUUUGGGUGGAGUCAUUUAUUAUAUGUGUUCUACUAUUUUUGUUCUUAUUUGACUAAAGUCAAUACAGGUUUCACAUCUUGAAUGUCGUGUUUUUUCCAAACUGCAUUGUAAUUUUAUGGCUGAUGUGUUCAAACCCUGAAAAAGGUUCAUGAUGAGAAUGCUGACACGGCCUUAACUGUAGUGGUGUGAACAUGCUGCUACUGUAUAGCAUGUAAUUAUAACAUUAGACUGUCUCUAAAAUGUUGUUCAAUAGAGAAUGAAUAAGGUAUAUUUUAGAUACAACUUUAUAAGCACUAUAACCUCUUCACUAAUUAAGCAUUGUAAGGUCUAUGCUGUUUAAACUGGCAAAUUGCUGUUAAAAGCAAAAUAUGCAUUAAAUACAAUUACAACCUUGUUUGGUAGGUUUCUUCUUUCUUUAGGAAAUGAUACUGAUUUUUAAAAUACAUUGAUUUGCCUUCUAUCAGCAAUCUCCUCAUAAUUUUGACCCUUGAGCUGGCAUAUUGGUUGCACAAAGCACCUGUCUAGAAAUACUAAAAAAGAAGCAGGCAAGAUCAAAUCAGCAGCUAUUCUAUCAUAAUUAGCAUGCUGAGCAGCCUUUGAAAAUUUGCCCUUUUAAAUCUGCAGUGGAAAUAUUUGAGCUGGAGGAAAAUAAGCCGGAUAAAUUCAGUUGCAAUACAGAAAAUAGAGAUUUAGAUAUAAAUAGCCCCUAUGAAUAUGGGGGAAAAAAAAAAAAAAGGAAAAAAAGGAUGGCAGGGAAUCCCUUAAUAUAUUUGUAUUUAUUUAUGUUCCAGUCUGCAUAGGAACAGAAUGUUAUUCUGGUAUUCACAGAUGGUUUGUUCAUAGUGCCCAUCACUGUCUCAAAAAAGAUGUAACAAAUAGAUGUUUAGAAGUGGGUAAUGAAAAAGCCUCCAGGCAAAGGUGAUGAAAGGGUGGGAAGAGGGGUUCAUCAGUAUUUGAGAUGCAGUGCCCACAGGAGUCCCACAGCAGGCAAACACAAGUGAAAGUUGGAAAGAGUGCAGUGAUGAACCAAAAAACCCCGUGUUUGUGUUGGAAACAUGUGACCCAAAAAUCUGAACUCUUCUGUCAGAAUGCAGCGUACUGGGCAUGCCAAGAUGGCAAAUUACAGCCAAGGAUAGAAAUAACUGUAAUUUUACAUCGUCAUAGCACUAAGAUCAGUCAAAAGCAUGCUGUCAAAGGUGCUUUGCUGGAGUCUUAACCUCUCCUUCAUCCGUAGCCGCUCCGAGAGCAUUACCCAGGGGACUGGAAACUCUGGGUCCUUCCUGCCCAAGUUCAGCCUGAGGGUGUUGAAUGAAAAUUUGCCCACUUUGGAGAGAAUAUUCCAACCGCUGGGCUGCCAGAUUCUCGUGAAAUGCAUCUUGUGCCUCCCUUUAUAACGUGGCUGCUGUAAGCAGCUAGAGGGAGAGUAAACAAAGAAACUUUUCCUAUGUAGCUUCUGUACUUCUGCCAUCUGUCUGGGAGCUGCCUCGGGGACCUACAGGCAUACACCAGCCUUCAUUUAUAUCUCUCCCAGCAUGUAAAGAAGGGACAUAAUUUUACCAGCUGCGUCACCCUGGACAUUUUGCAUAUGAUUUUUCCAUUUUGGAGUAGUGUUACCAAUAAUUCCUAAUGGUAAUGGAUGAAUAUAACCUGUGGAAGUGAUGAUAAAUAUCAAAUACAGUGCUUAUAAAAAAAAGUACGUGCACAGCUGGGCAGAGGGAACGCAUGUCUCGCCGUGGGAAUAGCUAUCUAAUGCUGUUAGUUUUGAUGCCAGUACUAAAUGCAAAGCAUGAGUAAUUUUGCAGCUUAAUGUUCAGUACUAAACAGUAAAUGAAAGGUCAGUCCAACAUGUUAACUGUCAUGGAAUAGUAAACACUACUUUAAUUGCUUCAUGCAGCCAGCUUGGA